AUGAUGGUAGAGGUAUGUAAAGUAAUAUCCAUCAGGCGGUAGUUGAUUAAUUUAUUUGCUGAUAGUUUAAAUCUCACGGUUGAGCCAGUUAUAAUCCAAAAACAAGAUCCAGAACUUGUUCAUGUGCCAUUGAUUGUAAGUGUGGAUUCCGAAUUCGAAAAAAUCUAUGCAGGUAAAUGGAAAGGCAAAUGGAUUGCCGAAACUGCUAGCCAACGGGUCCGUCGAUUUAAUCGCAGCUCCAUUCCAAGUCACAAAGAGCAGAUCCAAUUUGUUCUCGUUCAGUGAGCCAUUGUAUACGGUAUGCCUGCACUAGAAUAAAGUAUUGUCGUUCUGUCUUGACUGACAAAGUUACAGUUAAGCACUAGCAUGUUGACACAUGAUCCGAUCAGUUUGAACAGCGACAUCUGGAGUUUCUUCCGAACUUAUACGAGCGAAACGUGGACUGUAAUACUUAUAGCCCUUCUUUUACAAAUCAGUGUUUGUGUUAUGAUUCGUUAUUUUGAAGCUAAAGUUAUUCGAACCAAACAUAUCGGAGUUUUAGAGGUAAUAAUGAUAAUUUUUCACUUUCACUAAGAUUGUGAAUACUAAUUUGCGUUACUUUAGAGUGCUUGGCAAAUGCUCCGGCUUCAAUUAAUGCAGCCCGAGAAGAUUUAUUUUACAAGUUUGGCGGGUAAAUAUAAUAGUGCUAAUAUAAUUUAUAAACGGUCAUGUUUGUUUUCUUUUUCAGGUCGAUUAUCGAUCAUGAUCUUCUCCUUGGUCCAAUGUGCCGUUCUUCUUGGAGUAUUUUCUUCCUGGAUAUUGACCAGUAUAAUCAGAGAUGCAGCUACUGAUGUUCCCUUUGAGAGCAUGGAUAACUUUGUAAAGGGAUUGAUGGCUAAGAAGUUCUACAUGAUCUCCGCCGAACCUGAUACUUGGUUCUUCGAGGAAGUCAAUCAAUCUCAGGUAUUCCCAUUUAAACAGCUUCGGGCUGCUCUGGAGAGGAAUCCCCUGAGGAGAGUAGAUCGGACUAGAGUGGCGUUGCAGGCGGUAGUCAACGACAAGGCCGUCGUGUUUAUGCAAUCGGAUAGUGACACCUUCUACACGUCCGUUAAGUUCUGCAAUUUGAAUCGGGUUUAUCAGGACAUGCCGGUGGUAACUUCCCAUCUAAUGUUUAGGUAUGUACUCUAUUGCUAUUGUAAUUUCUACAGUAAUCUUUUCAGAAAGAAUUGGCCUCUAGCAGCGUUAUUUAACCGAUCAAUUGUCGAGAAUAAGAUGCAUGUGAAUAGAAUCCUCCGCAAAUACAAAACAUUGUUAACAAAGGAUAAGCCCAUCUGUAAGACCAAGAGUUUGCAUUCUUCCUUGAGCAUCUAUCCUUACCUGGGCCUUGUCAUAAUCUGCAUGACUAUAAUCUCCGUUUCUUUUUUCAUUUUGUUCUUGGAGAAUUUUGUUCACAGUGCCAAGAAGAGUUUGACCAAAAUAAACUGA